UGUAAUUUGUUCAUUUCCGCUGCUGUGCAUCCUCUUCCACCAGGCUACACUCUGCAGCCACCAACACAAUACAGAAGCAGAGAUAACAGCAGUUUCUCCAUAUUCCUCUCCUUUUCAACUCUCCCGAUCCAAAUGUCUUCAACUUCAAUCGAGUAAAACCGAAACGAUGGCGGAAACCGCAAUUUUCUUCGCCGCCACCGGAGAGCCUCCUCUGCUACGAUUCUUCAACAGUACCUUUCUCUACGUCAAACGGAACCUCAUCGCUCACAUUUUCCGCUCCCUAAACGACGCCGUCUCACACCACAGGAUUUGCUGUGUCAUGGACGCGGCGAUCGAGAAAAAGUGUGAUGUGUACGCGAGAGAUUCUUCGUCGAACGACAGGAGUUUCGGCGCGGACGAGAAUGGACGGCACGCCGUUUUCAAUGUGCUGGAUACUAUGCUUAAGGAUAGUUUAGAGCGGCUGAAGAUGAUGAGGGAAAAUAUAUGUUUGGUAAAGAUAGGUCUAACUAUGGGAUAUGCUUGUGAAUUCAAGUAUGCUGAACAUACAGCUACUAUUAGGAGUUUGUGCUUGGACAGGAAGUUGGGAGCAGCUCUUUGGCUUCGGAGGAAAAUGGUUAUGAAAGGUGUUGUUCCUGAUGUGUUUACCCACAACCAUAUUGUUAACGGGCUGUGCAAAAUUGGUUUUCUGGAGAAAGCAGAUUGGAUUGUUGGAGAGAUGUUAGAAAUUGGUCCUGGUCCCAAUUGUGCGACUUAUAACACUUUGAUUAAGGGCUAUUGCACUGUAAAUGACCUGGACAGGGCUUUGUCUCUGUUCUCCAUCAUGUCCAAUGCUAGGGUUCUGCCAAACAGGGUUACUUGUAGUAUACUGGUGCGUGCUCUGUGUGAGAAAGGUCUUCUAAAGGGAGCUAAAAGGAUGCUCGAAGAAAUAUUGAAGGAUGAUGACGAGAAAUAUAUAACUAAUUUAGUAACCUCUACUAUAUUUAUGGAUAACUACUUUAAGAAAGGAGCAAUUUUUCAGGCUCUUAGUCUUUGGAAUCAGAUGGUUCAAAAUUGUACUAAAGUUGAUGUUGUAGCUUAUAAUGUUCUUAUCCAUGGCUUUUGCAAGAGUUUACAAAUGAACCUUGCAUAUGGAUAUACAUGCGAGAUGUAUAAGAAAGGUUUACUUCCUGAUGUUUUUACGUAUAAUAUUCUUAUUGGUGCUCUUUGCAAGGAAGGUAAAACUAGUGAGGCUUGCUAUACCCUUGGAGUCAUGUCUAGUAUGGGAAUUAUGCCCGAUCAAAUUACAUACCAGCUUGUGAUUCGAGGCCUUUGUUUUGAUGGAGAGAUUGCUAGAGCAAAAAGCUUGCUUUGGUCUAUGUUGAACAAUUUAAUAGUGCCGAAGCCUUUAAUAUGGAACCUACUAAUUGACUUCUACGGACGAUAUGAUGAUCUUAGCAAUGCACUUUUUACAAGAAAUCAGAUGCUAGCUUUUGGUGUUCACCCAAAUGUAUUUACUUACAAUGCUUUAAUUCUUGCACAAGUGAAGAGUGACAAUUUCAAUGGUGCUUGCACUCUGAAGGAAGAAAUGCUCUCAAAGGAUAUUUUUCCUGAUGUUGUUACCUAUAAUUUAUUGAUAGGUGCCGCCUGUAAUUUAGGACGUCCUGAUUUUGUUCUUCAAUUACAUGAUGAGAUGGUGCAGAGAGGGUAUGAACCAGAUUUAAUAACUUACACUGAAAUUGUUAGGGUGUUCUGUAUUAGAGGUAAGAUGAAAGAGGCAGAGGAGCUAUAUGCCAAAAUACUAAAAUCUGGUUUAUUGAAUGAUCAUGUUCCAGUGCAGAUUCUAUUUAACAAGUACUGCAAAAUGAAGGAACCAGUUAGAGCAUUUAAUUUCUAUCAAGACUGGUUAGAAAGUAAAAGGGGAAGUCAUCCGUAUUAAAUUUGACAUUCUGCCUGUCUUUGGACAUCAUGAAGUUUCAAGUUCGGGAAAAAGUGCCACUUGUGCUCAAAAGUCAAACAGCUGAAAUUCAGAUUUCAACUGAAAUGUUGAUGAUGGCUCUUAUCAGUUAUGCUUCAGUGACAACUCUGACAAGGAGCUCUGCUUAUCAACUUCUGAUGGAUGAAUAAAUGAAGGUCUUGACAAGGAUUUGGAGUGCUUGAGUUGAGGUGUUCUGCAGUUGACUGGUUGAAACAGUGGUAAAUCCUUCACUUCGGGCAGAGUAUUGGUACGACAUUGUUUACCAGAACACAAUGUGCAACUAGAAGCACACUAUUCAUGUUGGUGACUGAGGUAUUUGUAAGAGAUGGUUUGGUUGAGGACACGUUUGCACAAGGAGAGUGGGGUUAUUUGAUGCUAAGGCUCUAUAGCCAGCAAUUUGUUGCAAGAAAAUGAUCCAUUCCAAGUUGGCAGCUCAUUGCUUACGGCCUUUUCAAAUUGACGCCAGAAUCAGUGGUGUAGCAUUGUAUGAAACUUCUUGACACAGCUUGUAUUUCUUUCUGUUCAAUCUUUCAGGUGUCUCUAUUGAGCUGUACAUUAAAUAUGCAUGGCUGGGCAUGUUGUAACAUGCAAGACUCUGAAUAUUUAUGCAUAAUCUUUGCACAGCUGUUUGUGCUUCAACAUGAGCUUGUGCACAACUUUGGUCAUGCAAAUUGGAAUGGUCUAAUGUGUGGGUUCAGGCUCAAAAGCCUCAGCCUGCAGAAAACUGACCACUGAAGGGCAGAGCUUCUUGAAUCCUUAAUUGCAACUCUGUCCACUGUUGCAACUGCUAUCAUGUUGUGGUUGACAUGUGUCUUGGAUCCUCUUGUCAUCUGUGACAAGUCUUCAGCCAACAAUGUGUAUUUUGAGUUUGAUCCUAAUCAUCGUUUUGUCAAAUGCCAUGCAUCUAAUGAAGUUCUUCAUGGACAAGUUGGACUCGAUGGCCUGAAUUAGUUUCCAAGCCUGCUUCAUGCCUCUCAUACACAACAACAACCUUCUAGUUUUCCUGUUCCAAGUCUAAACACUAUUGCUUGCUUCUAAUAAUACUUUCAAUUGUAAUGCUCAUAUUGGCAUUUACGAUUAGGACAUCCCAAUUUCAAUGUACUUUGUCUUAUCUUUCAGUCUUUUAAUGUAUCUUUCAAUAAUAAAAGUAGUUUACCUUUUAUUUUCAGCUUGUUGUAUGGGAAAAUCACAUAGACUUCGUUCUCGUCAUUCUGUCACUUCUUAUAAUUCUCAUUUUGAAUUAAUUCUUAGUGAUUUGUGGGGUCCUUCACCUGUGUCAUCUACUAAUAACUAUUCUUACUAUAUUUUCUUUGUGGAUGCUUAUUUGAUAUUUACUUGGGUAAUUCUUUUAAAAUGCAAAGUGGAUGCAUUGUUCGUUAUCCAACAAUUGCAAUCCAUGUUAUCCAACAAUUGCAAUCCAUGGUUGAAUUGCAAUUUGACACAAAUAAAGGCAGUGCAAACUGAUUGCAGUGGUGAAUUUUGCCCUUCUCAUGAUUAUCCCACUUCUUAUAAUCUCAGAACUAUAUUCCUCAUACAUGUCAUUAGAAUGGCACAAUUGAAAGGAAACGUCAUCACAAUGUUGAAAUGGGCCUUACACUUCUCAAUCAAGCUUCUCUUACUAUGACCUAUUGGGACCUUCCCUUUCUUACAAUAAUGUAUCUCAUCUACAAAAUACUUUCUGCUUCUGUAAAUUUUGGUGUACCAUAUACACUUCUUUUCAGGAUAGCACUUGGCUAUGGUUUUCUCAGACUUUUUGGAUGUGCUCGCUUUCCCUUUUUUAAACCAUACAGUUCAUAUAAACUUUAUUUUCGUUAUCAAAAUGUAUCUGUUAAGUUCCUCCUCAAACAAUAGACUUAAGAUUAAAAGGAGAGAACAUGAUAACAACCCACAUCCACCCAAAUAUAUCUAAAGAUUUUACUUUCAAUGAAAACAAGUUUCCUUAUACUGAAAAAUUUCUCUCUACCCAAUUAACUACAAUAUCAGUCUUCCCUCUUGCUUCUUCUAAUAUACCCAUAGUCUCACCAUCCCAAAUAGCUAUACCUAACAUCACACCUGUUUAGGUCUCAUAAGCUCCAUCCUCAUCUCCUAUACCUACCAUUACACCUGUAUAAAUCUCAUAUGUUCCAUCCUCAUAACCUUCCUUGUACCGUCCGGUCCUUCCGAUCCAUAAACCGAGCGUCACUCCCAGAGGCCGACUGAACACUGAACGACUUCCCAAAGCGACUCUCCCAAGGUCGACCGAGCGGUUCCAUAAGGCCAACUCUUCCAAGGUUGAUCGGGUGGCUCCCCCAAGACCGGUCCCCCACGACAGACUCCUUUAAGGUCGUCCUAGAAUCGACCAUUCAUAAACCGAACGAUUGCCCCGAUGCCGCCCACCCAUGUCACCAUCAUGACCGAGCGUUCAAGCUAACGCUGUCCUUCGACCGACCAUACAUAGACCGAGCGGUCCUCCAAGGUCGCCCAUCCAGGUCGACCAUGAAAACUGAGCGUCCAAUGUGACCGAUCAACAGAACCGAGUGGCCGCCCACCCAGGUUGACAUCCCUGGCCGACAACCCCUUCUGACCGACCGUCCCGAUUGACCCUCACUAGGUCGACUACACGGUUAAACACUAAUGACUCAUUAAAGCCCUUAAUGAAGAUUAAGGUAUGAUUGAGCCGUUAUCAGGCCCACCAAAGGUAAAAGCCCAUUACAAUCAGUAUAAAUAAAGGUUCCAGGUAUGAUUUCUAGACAGAUUGCUUACGAUGCAAUAUAUACAUGCAUUAUAGACCACUUGGUCAUGUUACUGACUUAAGCGUCGGAGUGCCUUUGACAGGUACCCGACCGCCCGGCUUGGACAACGAGGAGAGAGAACGAAUACUACAACCAGGACUUGAAGACGAGAGAGUCCGUUUGGCCCUUCCCAGCGCGUCCAGCCCUUAGCCAAGAGGUAACCGUCCGGUUUUCACCAGCUUCUAGUGCCCCCUAGAGACAGAGCCGCUCGGUCUGCUUUAGUUCAUGGGAUUCAGCAACGUCCGCCCGGUCUUCGGCAAACUCUUGUGUGUUUUAAAAGGGUCAGACCAGAUCCGACCGGAGGAGAGAAAACGAAUACUACAACCAGGACUUGAAGACGAGAGAGCCCGUUCGGCCCUUCCCAGCGCGUCGAGCCCUCAGCCAAGAGGUAACCGUCCGGUUUUCACCAGCUUCUAGUGCCCCCUAGAGACAGAGCCGCUCAGUCUGCUUCAGUUGUGGGAUUCAGCAACGUCCGCCCGGUCUUAAGCAAACUCUUGUGUGUUUUAACAAGGUCAGACCAGAUCCGACCGAAACAUUCCUCAACCGCCUUUUCUCCCUCAAUGAUGUCCACAUCACUCUACAUCUAAUACAAAACCUAGUCAAUCAUCGAACCUUUAAACAUUCAUCUUAUGCAAACUAGAUCCAAAGUUGGUACUUUACAAACUUGUGUUCAUCCUAUCCUUCUUCUUGCCUACUUAGAAUCUACCACAACGAAACAAGCUUGUCAAGAUUCGUAAUCAUUUUAUGUUAUGAAGGACAAAAUCUUUGCUCUACAUAAUAGCAGUUGGUCUCUUGUUUCACUUCCACCUCACAAGAACACUUAGGAUGUAAAUUGGUGUUUCAGAUUAAGGAAAUCCUGAUGUUACUAUUUGUGUUGGAAGUCCCACAUCGACUAGAGAUAAGACCAAUUCAUAGUAUAUAAGUAAGUGCAAACCUCACCUUAAAAGUCGGUUUUGUGGGGUUGAGUUAGGCUUAAAGUCUACUCUUUAACAUGGUAUCAGAGCCAGCCUAUCCUGGCAAGAUUUAUGUGGACAUAUUAUUCCACCCGCUAUUGGGCCACAAUAUAGCCAUUGUCCUGCCCCAACUGUAUAACAACAAAGUCCGUUUUUCCCUUUCUAUUUGCCCUUUGUUCAGCACCACCUGUCCUCUCCAAAUUAUUUUUUUCUUCCUCUUUUCAACCGCUUUAACACCUUAUCACCUAUUUUUAGUUUUGAACUUGGUGGUAUUUUUAUUUGAUUGUGUUGUUAUUUGAAUUUCUAGAGUUGCAAUUUUCAUUAAUUAUAUGACUAUGUUCCAUUAUUUUUGAAUUACAAUUAUAUUUCUACAUUUUUAGUUAUUUAUGUGCAUAUACUGUAUUUUAUUUUUGUUUGCCUUGUUUCCGUCAUAACCCAUUGCGGCUUCUAAUAUAUUUUCAUGAAGGAUUCUUGGGGUUGCUGAUAUUUUUUCUUAUUUGAUAUUUUGAUAUUCCUGAUAAUUAUUGUGAAAAAAAUUAUGAAAGAGGGAAUUACCAGAUCCAAAUAACGUGACAAAGGACAAUUUCACAUCUUGCACCAAGAUUCCAACAAAAGUGAAAGAAGACCUUUAGAAGUUAUUUAGUGAUAAAGAAGUCACCUGUAUAAAUCCUAUAAAUAAUGCGGCUGAUGGUGAUAAUGAGAGCGAAGAUGAAGUUGAAAUUUCUAUAUCUAGUAAUGUUAAGGGGAGAAAGAGUGGUGGUAAAAAAGGGCGAUUGAUAUGUUUAGUAGAAAUCCAACUGUUGCAAUACAAAAAAGAAACUAAGACAAGCUAAUAUGAAUGAGGCACGUGACCUUCUUUCUGGUCCCAAACAUGCUUGUCAUUUAACCUUGUUAGAUUGAAGAGCUUUCAGGCUAUGAUAAAUGUAAUUGUUAGAUCUUUUUGCUCCAUUCAUUUGAAGUGGAUUCUAUACUGAUGACUUUGCCAAAGAAAAUAGAACAGCCAUAACUCCUGGUGAAAAACUCAAACACUUUCAUAGAAGUUAUUGUGAGUGUUCUGAAUUGCUUUACGUUAUAGUGUUUAAUUUUGAAGUUGUUUUUUAUUUUAUAGCUCAAUGGUGGAAAAAUUAUGGUCAAGCAGUUUCAAACUUGCAAAAGCUAGCAAUCAAGAUUUUAAUCUUGACAUUUAGCUUAUUGGGAUGUGAGUGCAAUUGGAAUGUAUUUGAGCAAGUAAUAGUUAUUCUUCAUCACUCAUUUCUUUAUUAAUAAUUUUCUUUUUAGAAAGUAGGGAUAAAAUUGGUUCACAUUUUACUUAUUCAAAACACAGAUUCAUUCAAAAAGGAGAAAUAGGAGUGACAGUAAACAAUUGUAUGAUUGGUUUACAUCAAGAAUAAAUAAAAUAACUUGCUCAAAAAUACAACAUUUGAGAUGAAAUUGAUCAUAUUGUAUGACAUUGUUGAGUGGUUAGUGGGACAAGUGGAUGAUGCUAAUGAUAAUGAAGAUCCUACUCUUAAUUGGGCAAUUGUUUAUAAAGUUUCAUGUGUUGGAGAGCCAAUAAUUUAUACACGGAGAAAACAAGCAAUAAAAGAAAGCAACUAUCAAGUGGUGGUAUUACUAUUGGAUCUUCCCACGCUUCCAUGAAAUAUCCAGGUGCAACAUCAGCUCCAACACGAAUUUAAUCUUGCUGGCUCUGAUUCUGAGUUUAAAGAAUUUGAAGAAUUACAAACUUUCUCAAGACUUGAUGUGAAGGGGGAAGAGGAGGGAUAUGCCCCAUUUGAUAACAUUAAAGAUAGUUUAGAUUGGGAAUGAAGAAAAGCCAGAUGAUUAGAAUUUAGAAGUUUAGAACAUUUGUUUUAUGGUUUGUUGUUAUCUUCAGUCUUGAACUUGAACUUGGGGUUUUUCUAUUUGAUUU